AGAAUUGAAGUAAUAACGAGUUGAAACGUUAGUGUUAUAAGCCGGGUCAACAUGGAACCCGUGAUUAAAUGUCAAUGUAUAGUGCUUCGCUGUUUUCCUUCCUAGAAGUUUUUACAAAUGACACAGAAUAAUGAAGCGCUCGAAGAUCCAGAUGAUAAAAGUUUUUAUAUUUCUGUUGAUCUUCCAACUAAAACAGAGCGCAGUAUGCAAUGAAAGUUUUAGGAUAGGCAGGGAUAUACCUGAUCCAACGGAAAACAAAAAUGUUGAAACAGUAAAAAAAGAUAACGCACAUAAUUCUUUAGAUGGAGAAAAAUACCAACAAAAUGCAGUAUUAUCUGGUGGCACAACGAUACUAGAAAAUAAUAGAACGGUUGAUAAUAUAACCUCAAAACAAACAGAUGAUAAUAAAACUGCACAUACCACAGAAACGCGAAAAGAGCAUGUGGGUGAAGGACAUGCAACUUCUUUAAAUGCUGGAGCUCUGAAGCGUGGUUUUUAUGUGUUUGUGGGGCUAAGUGUUCUUGUCUUGGCCUAUAUCGUGUUCCGUAGCUUUAGGUUAAAUAAAACACGUGCCCAAAUGGUCAGAAAAUAUGGUGUUCUCGCACAUAGACAAGAUGUUGAGAUGCGACCAUUACCAUUGGAUGAGGAGGAUGAUGAAGAUACUACUGUUUUUGAUGCUAGUAAUGUUUUAACAAAUAAUGUUCAACAUCAAAAUUUAUGAAAAUAAAUAAUAUAAGAUAUAUUAA